UACACUUUAAUAGCAGCCCCACCGACGAAAUGGUUCCUUCUCUCUUUUCUCUCUACCUUCGAGACCGGUAGCUGUGGAGGUCACCCAAAGGAACGGGCAACAAUGGGUCAUCUAACGCGUAACGAAGCUCUCUUCCAUCUGGUUCUGUCCGGAUCCUGCUUUGGGAUACUUGCGAAUACCUUCCAAGGCGAUGGAGAGCCUCUUAUUGCAUCCCUGGCUUUCAGCGGGAUUGCUUUCAGUCUCAGCUUCUGUUUGAUACGAUGGCUCGAAGAGACCUUCAUAAAAGCCGGGCUGAAGGGCCGGGAUAUGUCGAAGUCCAAAACCAUCAUCAUGUAUGUGAGCUCCGGAGACCAUGGGAGCAAUCUCAGCGGUGGUAUUCCUUCUCACGACCAUCACGUUCAUUCCGUUCCCAUUCUACAAGGACAUUGUCGCCGCAACCUCCGGUGGUGGAAACCGCGAUAUACCCAUGAUCGAUACACCAAGCGCCGUUGAAUCCGGUCGACUACUACACAAAUUCCCUCAUAACAAGUUGGCGUCCUACCUCUCCGCGCUUCUGUCCCUACAGUCGAUUGUAAUCCUCGGAAUUGGCGAUGACCUGUUCGAUAUUCGUUGGCGACACAAGCUCUUCAUACCGGUUUUUGCCUCCAUACCGUUGCUCGUUGUAUAUUUUGUGGACUUCGGCGUGACCUCAAUCGUUGUGCCAACACCUCUCCGGCCAUUGUUUGGAGGGGCUGAGAUUCUCAAUCUCGGUCCGGUAUACUACGUAUACAUGGCAUUGUUUUCGAUAUUCUGCCCCAACAGCAUUAACAUAUUGGCCGGUAUUAAUGGCAUCGAGGUCGCGCAGUCUGCGGUCAUUGCAUGUCUAAUAAUGGCUAAUGACAUGCUGUACCUGCCUCCCUUUACAUCAUACAAUCAUCCUGCUAGGGACACUCAUCUCUUCAGUUUGUACCUUCUUCUACCCUUCACAGGCGUCAGUCUUGCGCUCCUUUUGCAUAACUGGUAUCCAGCGCGUGUUUUUGUGGGAGACACAUAUUGCUACUUUGCAGGCAUGGUGUUUGCGGUCGUGGGCAUUCUGGGGCAUUUUUCAAAGACUCUUUGGCUGUUGUUUAUUCCACAGGCGUUCAAUUUUCUCUAUUCCUCGCCUCAACUUUUCAAAUUGGUGCCAUGCCCUCGGCAUCGGUUGCCUCAUUUCAAUCGGCAAACUGGUCUACUGGAGCCAAGUCGGGCAGACUUGGUGAAGCCUCUCCAUCGUCUUUUGGAAUGGGGAUUAAAGCUCUUGGCGCAGUUCAAGCUCAUUUGGAUCAGGUGCGAUGAGUCAGGUCGUGUGGUGGAAUUUAGUAACCUGACCAUAUUAAACCUUUGGCUUGUUUGGCGUGGCCCGCUCCGGGAGGAUACUCUCGCCUUGGAGCUGGUGUCGCUGCAAGUGGCGUGUGGUUUUGUUGGCCUGAUCGCGAGGCAUAAAUUAGCUUUGCUCAUAUUUGAUACAGAUAAUCUAUAGCGGUUCAAAUUCCAUACGAU